AUGGACGGCGUUCUUACUGCCACCGGGUCUUUUGCCCACGACAGCACCACAGCUCCCGUCGCACAACACGACCUCGUCCUCCCCCUUUUCUCCUUGAAAGGCCGUACCGCUAUCGUUUCUGGCGCAGGAGCAGGUAUCGGGUUGGCGGUUGCCCACGCCCUCGCUGAAGCAGGAGCCAAUGUAGCAAUCUGGUAUAACAGCAACAAGAAAGCAAUCAACGAGGCUGAGAAGAUUGCCUCGAAGCACGGCGUUCAAGGUAAGGCGAAGUCGAAGUCGAAAUCGAAGUUUCCACUUCUCCUUGUCCUCCCUCUUCUCCCCCUCCCCUCUGCUAGAGCGCAUAAACAACUGACACGCCUCCCUCUUACAGCCAAAGCCUACCAGGUCAACGUGACCAGCUACGAGGCUGUCUCGGCCGCCAUCGAGGCGGCUAUCCGCGACUUCAACGGCCGUCUCGACGUCUUCAUCGCCAACUCCGGCAUUCCCUGGACACAGGGAGCCGCCAUCUCCGGCGAGCUGGACCACUACCGCGCCGUCGUUGCGACGGAUCUCGAUGGCACCUUCUACUGCGCGCGGGUGGCCGCUACACACUGGAGAAGGCAGAAGAAGGAGCAGACGACGAUCGACGGCAAGCCGCUGGAGCCGGCCUUCAGGGAAGGCAGCUUUGUGGCGACGGCGAGCAUGAGUGGACAUAUCGUCAACAUCCCGCAGCUGCAGGCGACGUACAACGCGGCCAAAGCGGGCGUGAUCCAUCUCUGCAAAUCCCUUGCAGUCGAGUGGGUCGGGUUCGCCCGCGCCAACACCGUCUCGCCCGGCUACAUCGCAACCGAGAUCUCCGACUUUGUGCCCAAGGAGACGAAGAACAUCUGGCGCGACAAGAUCCCGAUGGGGCGAGAGGGUGAGGCGAGUGAGCUGAAGGGGGCUUUCUUGUAUCUGGCCAGCGAUGCUGCUAGCUACACCACCGGCACCGAUAUCAUUGUCGAUGGCGGGUAUUGCUUGCCUUAG